GACGAACCGAAGAAGAAACUGCCUGUGCUGCAGUUUAGUAACUCGCAGUACAAUGUAAACAGUUGGCAUUCAAUAAGCAAAUAAGUCUUAUUUGAAGAAAAAUAAAGCCGUUAAACGUUUGUUAAACAUCAUGGGCAAGCGCAAGAGAAACUUGCACAUGAGGUGUGUGUUAUUUCCAGACGAUGUGAAAGACACUUUCAGGAAGGCGGGAAAAGCAUCUUCCAGAACAUCCACACCUGCCACAAAGUCCUGGGAGAAAUGUGGGGACAGUUUCCUGGAAACUCCCGUCAUCCAGAAGCUGCAAACAUCAGAGAAGAAGAGCAGAAAUGCACGUAAAGUGGCUCUAUCAUCUAUUAUAGGGAAUAAAGAUGCUGGUACAGAUGAACCGGUUCACAUUGCUUGGAGCUCCAGUGAAGAGGAAGAAUCAGACAGCGAAAGUCAUCCUCCUCCUCGACUGAAUGUCACACAGGCACCACAGCCGCCCAGAGCACACAAACAACGUCCUGUGGACUAUUACAGAAGUCUGCGGAUGUUCAGCACUGGUGUAGAGACAGAUGACCUGCCCUCUAUUGAUUCAGACAGUGAGGUAGAGGAGGACAAUUCAGCUUCAAAAGAACACAUCGAACACACUGACCUUCAAAAUCCCAUUGCGUCACCAGCCGUGAUUUCAGACUACUCCUCUUACGACGAUAACGAUGAAGACCCAGAAGAAAGCAGAGCAGACUCUUCCCUUCUGGACGCCGCCGAGACCAGCAGGCAGUCGGUCAGCGAGUGGGUCCGAUCCGCUCAGGCGAUUCUUCAGACACCUCAGAAACAAACCCCCAAGAGCAUCAAGACCCCAGAGGACUCGAGUAAAAAGAGGAGGAGGUUUGAAAGGGGAGGUCUCGCUGAAAGGCUGAACCGACUCCACAGCAGACAAAGAUCGGCCAUCAGCUUCUGGAGACAUCAGUGCAACUCAACCACAUCAGUUGCUGACAAGCCAGGGGUCCUGAUGCUGAGGAUUCUGGGAGUUCGGGAGGAAUGUGGAAUGCAGGCCGCUGUGUGUGACAGGCUGCCGGAAGGAGAAACGUGUGUGGCUCUUUUCAGCAAAGACACGGCUGCCCAGCUACAGCCUGCACCCGGAGACAUCGUCCACAUUUACCCACCAUGGCAGAAUCUGGUCGUGGAGGGUGACCGUUAUCCCAUAAUUCUCAACACCCACUUCAGUCAGAAAGUGUGCGAGGAGACUAAGCCGAAUAACGCAGGCGGUCCGAGAGCUGCGGUCGCUGUGGAGAAACUCAGACCUCCGCCGUUAACCAGGAGCCUGUGGCGGUCAGAGACGAGCCAAGUGUCAACCGAGACGUCCAUUCCCUGUAAACAGGUCAGUGAGUUGAACAGACAAGGAGAGCGAAAGUGUCUGCUGGAUGCAGUGGAGAAUUGUGGGUCAUCGGGCUCUCAGAGCGGUCCUGUUGAGGUGGUUGUUCAGAGGGUCUACUGCAUACCUAUCACCCAAUCCCUUCACAGAGCUUCUCUCCAGCACAAAGCACUGGACAGACAUCUAUCAGAAUCAGCACCCCCGCAACACAUCGGCAGGUUGUGUGCUCUCGUUCAGGACAGUUACGGGAUGUUCGGUGAGGUUCUUCUGCAGUGUGUGUCCACAGAAUUAGAGAUCCAGGAGAACUCGGAGCAGCUGGAGGGCCGUGUGUGUCUCCUCCAGGCCCUGAGAGUCGUCCAGCGUCUCACACGAGACAAAUGUUCUCCGCUCUUCAGUUUGAUUGACAGUUUGUGGCCUCCUCCGGUUGAUCCGAAAUCUCAUGACGAUCUUCCGCAGUCUCCCAGCGAUCGAGUCCCACCGCCUAGUUUCUGCUAUAGGCUGAGCGUCCAGCCGGGUCACAUGGUUCCGUUAUCAGGACAGACUGAAUCUCCGUUGUACCGACCACCUGUACUUCAGACGCUAACAGAGAUCCUUCAGGAUGAAACUUCAAGGUGUCGUUGCAGCUUUCGGGCCACUGUAGUUCAUAAACAGUUGCUGAGCUCGAAUGCAGGCGAGAGGGAGAUGCUGCUGUUUGUGACAGAUCCCAGUUUACAAAUGGAGUCGAGUGCAGAGGGGAACAGGAGAACCGUAGCCGUGUGUCUGAGCCCGUCCUGCCUGAUCCAGAGCUCAGUAACACAAGCCCUGGACGCCCCGCAGGCACAACCCGUCCUGAUGUUCAGAGACGCUGUGAAAGAGAAUGCUCAGAUAUUCUGCUGGGAACAGACAGUGAUCCAAGUGGAAGCAGAGGACCCAUCCUUCUCCGUACCACGGCCCGUCAUACUGGACCACCUGAGUCCAGAAACCCUCCCAUACUCCCUCUGCAUUGUCACAGGUGUGGUUGUAGCAGUGGAUGAAAGCACAGCGUUCUCCUGGCCCACCUGCUGCCGCUGCGAGAGCUGCCGUUUGGAGACUCGAGAACAACAGAAAGGAUUCCUCUGUUUAGCAUGUGGAGCCGUAAUGGAUGAACCCAGCACAAUGAUGCAGCUAGAGGUGUUUCUGAGCUGCUCCCCACUGAGCCACUGUACUGUCAAAAUCAAGUUGCAGCAAAAGACCAUUAAAUCUCUUUUAAACUCAACAAGGUGUACUGAGGGUUACAGUGUGGAAAAUGUUCUUGGGUCGGAGAUCGGUCCUCUGAGUGCGUUUAUCCACGUCGUCAACAGAAGUCACACUGUUUGGAUGGGUUUGGAGGAGUUAGAUCUGCACUGACUAGCACACUUACUACUGUUUAUAGAGAAUAAUUAGUCAACACUAGUCUUGCCUUAUUUCUAAGCUAAGAAAAGAAGCUUAAAGAAGCCACCUGAACAAUAUUACAUUUUGAAUGAUUGUUGAUGUCCACACUGUUAAGAAAACCACAACCACUAUGUAAAUAAUAGUAGAAAAGAUGCUCAUGUCCAAUAUCAGCUGAUAAAAGUCGUUUUUGUGUUGUCAUUCAAAUGUCUGCUAAGACAAAAGUUGUUUCUAGCCACAUUAUGGUGGUGUUCAAGUUAAAUUAUUUGUGAAAAUAGAAAAUUGGUUUAUUGCUCUCUAUGACAGCUGAAUACCUAUUUUGACAAUGAAUAAAUGUUUUAUGCCACCAAAUACAUGAUUAAGUCAUUUUCUUUAAAGAGCAUCCACUAUUAUGAUAUGGAAGAUGAAAGAUUUACAUUGUUUUUGUUGCUGAACAGUUGCUCCCGUUCUUCAAGUGGAAGUUGUAGGCUUUAUUUACCAACUUUUAACUGAAAUAAAACAGCAGCUUCGAAAUUUACCUUCGAGGUCUGGCACAUUCAUCU